UCGUUCCUGGUUACCCGUUAUUCGAAACCCGCUAAAAAAGCCCGAGAAAACCCUAGCACGGCUUGCUGGUGGCCGGAGCACGGCCAUGGCUUCCCGCCCCGUCGCCGACGAGGACCCCGACGAGCUCCUCUGCUCGGAGAUCGAACAGACCUCCCUCUCCGAAUCGCUAUCUCUUCUGCCAUCCUUUCUAGGUCGGCCUUUGAAUGGGGAGCUUCAUUUUGAGCGGGCUUGGGCGCAUUGGUUGAGGCUGGGAGCGCCGAAGUUCAUCGUUGCGCCGAUGGUGGAUAACUCCGAGCUGCCUUUCAGGAUGCUUUGCCGGAAGUAUGGUGCGCAGGCUGCCUAUACUCCGAUGCUUCAUUCGCGGAUUUUUUCGGAGAAUGAGAAGUAUCGGAAGAUGGAAUUCACUACUUGCAAGGAGGAUCGCCCACUUUUUGUCCAAUUUUGUGCAAAUGACCCUGAAGUUUUGCUUGAAGCUGCUCGAUUUGUGGAGCCAUAUUGUGACUAUGUCGAUUUAAAUUUGGGCUGCCCACAGCGUAUUGCCAGACGGGGAAAUUAUGGAGCUUUCUUAAUGGAUAACCUUCCUCUAAUUAAGUCGCUUGUUGAGAAACUUGCCUCCAACCUUCAAGUUCCUGUUUCGUGUAAAAUUCGGGUUUUCCCAAGUCUAGAAAAGACUAUAUCAUAUGCACGGAUGCUUGAGGAAGCUGGUUGCUCUCUCUUAGCGGUUCAUGGCCGUACUAGAGAUGAGAAGGAUGGGAAAAAAUUUCGAGCCGACUGGGAUGCUAUAAAAGCUGUGAAAGGUGCUUUAAGAAUUCCUGUCCUAGCAAAUGGAAAUAUACGCCAUGCAGAAGAUGUUCAUAGCUGUCUGGAGCACACAGGUGCUGAAGGUGUGCUUUCAGCUGAAUCUCUUCUCGAGAAUCCAGCACUCUUUGCUGGUUUUCGGACUGCUGAAUGGAGAGAAGAUGAUGACCAUACAAAUAAUUAUGAGGGAUUGGACCAGACCUACCUUGUGGAUGAAUACCUGAAGUUCUGUGAGCAGUAUCCAGUGCCAUGGAGGAUGAUUCGUUCUCAUGUGCACAAAAUGUUGGGCGACUGGUUUCGUGUUCAGCCACAUGUGAGAGAAGAACUCAACAAGCAGUCAAAACUAUCCUUUGAAUGGCUCCAUGAAAUGGUUGAUAGACUUAGAGAACAUGGUGAAAAGAUUCCACUUUAUCAAGUAGAAGGAACUGGCACCAAGAUACUUACAGCAAAUGGCUUUGUUGCCUCAUCCUGAUUUUCAAGUUUUGUGAGAACAGGUGAUGGUAAAUAUUUUGCAACUGGAGGCUCGUUGAAGUGGAAAAGUAUUAAGUAGCUAAUUGAUUCAUUGGUGGUACUGUAUUAUUUACUUGCAAGCAGUUUUGCCUUGAUACAUGAAUUCUAUUGUCUUCCUUUGUGGUGAAGGAGAACCAUUAACACAUUCUAUCUGGAUACCGAGGAAUACUCUCUGUGAACCUCAUACUCCAGGUGAUAAGUGUAGCACAGGGACUUGGUGAGAAAGGUGAGUUCUUUUACUCAUUCCAUUGUUUGGACAUUCAGAUCUUUUGUGUACUAUGGCGGUAUAAAAUUGGUCUACAAGGACCCCUGCAAGAUACAAAUCAUCUUGAGUUGUUAUUUAUUUGUGUUGGACAAUACCCAUUUGAAGCGCAAGCUAUAAAUUUUUAUACUUAUUAAACUUGAAAGUCACUUGAUAAUUAUUCAAAUUAUUGUUGUUAUCUUUGAAAGCUUUAUUGGGAAUGAAGAUGCAUCAGUGUUUUUUUUCC